AUGUAAAACGAAAUGGCUCCUUUCUUUUCAAAAUCAGCACCUUAUACUUAAGGUCCUUAAAAACAACAAUAAUUUGGUAGAAAAGACUAACAAGGAUGGAAAGAUUAGCAAGGGUGGAGAGAAAAGCAGGGAUAUAAGGAUUAGUAAGGCUGGAAACAAGAGUAAAGUAAUUACAGAAAAAAAGAUGGAAAAUACAAAAAUACAAAUUAAGAAAAUUAUCAAUCAUAACAAUAGUAUUAUCCAAAAAAUGUUAUCGAUAACAAAGAUCAAUAAUAACAGCACACCUAAUAUGAAUAUUAGUAUACAGGUCAAGAUAAAGAGUAAAAAAUUGAAGAAUAUUAAUAAAAAAAAUUCGAAGAUUAAUAGCCCCAAUAAAGGGAAGAAUUUGUGACUCAACAUAGGGAAGAUCAAACUGUAAAAUAAAAUGUUGAGUAUAUAGAAAAAUCCUAAUUACAAUAAAAUCAUAAUUAAACCUAGAAUAAUGAAUAAAAAUAAUCUUUAUCAUUAUAACAACCAUAAUAAAGUCAAUAAUAAUUUUAAUAACAACAGGCACCUCCAUAAUAAUACUAUUAAUUCAAUUAAGAACCCUAAAAUUUGUAAAAUAAUUAGCUUAUUUAACAACAAUAAUAGGUAUAUUAACAAUCAUCAUUAAUGUAAACUCCUAUCCCUUACCAGCUAUCAUAAAAUAUGUUUUAACCUAUUGCACAAUCGAACCCUUUUGCUCCCUAAUAACAACCUUAAAAUAUAAAUGAAAUAAAUGGGUAAGGAUAAAACACCUAAAAUACUCCAUAUGUGAUUUAGUAUUUAAUAUACCCUAAUAAAAAAGGAAAGCAGUAUAAUCAUUAAUUUUUAUUGACUUAAGAAAAUUUAGAUGAUAAUUAUUAAUUUCUAAAGUCAUAACUUGAUUGCCCUAAAAAAAUCAAUAAUUGAGAAUUAUAUUUACAUUUAUAUCAUAGAAUUUCAAUUAUAAAA